GUUAGCCGUUAGCUUACCGGCAGACAGCAGCUCCGGCAGGACCGCGAUGGGACGCAGCACAAAUUUACCCCAAACAAAUCAAACUACAGCCCGGACUGAGCCGCGGGUGAUGGACAAACGAUAGUUCCGGCGUUUAAUGCAGCUUUGCGGUCUGCCUGGACACCGGCUGUCAAGCUAAGGCGGCAGACAGUAACUUAGCUCACUUGUUCUUCCCGGGAAGGAAGUUUGCUGUGGCGGAGGAAACAUAAUAGGAAAGCGGGCAGGGCCGAAACAUCCCGACAUGGAGGACUCCGGGUCGGCCCUGGAGAAAAAUGUGGCCGACCUCACCGUCAUGGACGUGUACGACAUCGCCGCCGUGGUGGGCCAGGAGUUCGAGCGGAUCAUAGACCAGUACGGCUGCGAGGCUCUGUCCAGGCUGAUGCCCAAAGUGGUGCGGGUGCUGGAGAUCCUGGAGGUGAUGGUGAGCCGCAGUAGCAUCAGCCCGGAGACCGAGGAGCUGCGGCUGGAGCUGGACAAACUGCGGCUGGAGCGGAUCGACCGGCUGGAGAAGGAGAAGAAGCACAGAAAGGAGCUGGAGCUGGUGGAGGAUGUGUGGAGGGGAGAAGCUCAGGAUCUGCUCUCUCAGAUCGCUCAGCUGCAGGAGGAGAACAAAUCGCUGCUUACCAACAUGUCCAUCAAAGACCCGAUGAGCGAGGAGGACCUGCAGAGACAUGAGGGUAUGACAGAGAGAGAGAGGCAGGUGAUGAAGAAGCUCAAAGAGGUGGUGGACAAGCAGAGAGACGAGAUUCGAGCCAAGGACCGCGAGCUCACGCUGAAAAAUGAAGACAUAGAAGCACUCCAGCAGCAGCAGUCUCGUCUUAUGAAAAUCAACCACGACCUGCGCCAUAAAAUCUCCGUGGUGGAGGCUCAGGGCAAAGCGCUCAUCGAGCAGAAGGUGGAGCUGGAGGCCAGCGCUCAGGCGCGAGUGCAGGAGGUCGGCGCUCUUCGGCAAGAAAUCUCACGUUUGAGGGAGCGACUACAAGGGGAGCUGCCUGCACAGAACCCUGAGGAACCCCCGCCUCAGCCGCCAUCACCUGCAGAGCGUGGUAAAGCUGCAACACUGGUGGUGUUGGGGGCAGAGGGCUGGUCAGACAGACCGGGCCCUUCUCAGCUGAUGUCGGCUGGGUUUGAUCCAGCCCUGCUGCCCCUGUCCGAUUCCCUCAGCCCGGAGGGACAAGAGGACGGGGAUGAGGAGGCUGAGGACGAGGCAGUGUUUCUUUGGGAGGCGAUGUGCGAUGAGGACAUGCCUGCUGUGUUCCAAUAUUUCACCAAGGAGGCGCUGUGCGAGGAGGAGUCGGGAGUCUUGGAUCCAAAGGACCCCAACAGGCCCCGGUUCACCCUGCAGGAGCUGAGGGACGUCCUCCACGAGAGGAAUGAGCUCAAGGCCAAAGUCUUCCUGCUGCAGGAGGAGCUGGCCUACUACAAGAGUGAUGAAGCAGAUGAUGAGAUCGUCACUCCGACUCCGUCUCCCUCCCCUGAACUUAGGACUCGGUCUCGCUCUUCUGCUCAACCAGAAUCGGGAAUCAAACGCCUGUUUAGUUUCUUCUCUCGUGACAAGCAGCGGAGCUCGCAGCGAAGCGCACAGUUCGACGGCAGCUUCGGCUCGUGGGCGGGGAAGGACGACGUGUACACAGAACAAGCCCAGGAGGCGUUACAGCACAUGUAGUCACCAGACCGGACUGAAAGCUCUUAACACUCCAUGUCCAUCAUUCGACUGCACACCAAACCACCGCUAGUGAUUCACACUGCAGCUGAAGUAUCAAGUGCUUGAGGUGAGAGGACUGACAGAAAGAAGUCCUUGAAGAAAAUUUAUUUUAAAAAUUUAUUUAAACUCAUGACAACAAUAUAUCUCAGUGAGAGAUGGCACAUAUACGCAGUGCAACUUUAAAAAAAACGCCAGAAAGUAUUUUGGUUUUUACAGGACUCGUGUGCAGAGCAGAGGGUAAGCUCAAGUUGAAGGAGGGAAAGUGGGAAGUUGUUGCAUCCAGGUGGUUAAUGAUGAUAAGUUGCUGAAGGGCCAGAGCGAAAGUUACUGCACAGAUGGAGGAUUAAAAGUGUACUGUAAAUAUUCUGUUGAGUUUUAAAGGGUUUGCUGAUAAAUGACGAACGUGGGCUUUAUUUUUGUGGUCCCUGCAGAAAGCAAACCUGCAAAGAAAACAGUAAUGAGAACAACACUUUUAUGUCCUGUUAAUUUAUUUUAAAUUUCGGUCCGUGUAAAUGUGGGCAGCUACAUUAGUCGGUCCAUCACCAGCAUUUUGCAAGUUCAGACUGUGCAGCUCUUUGAAUCUAAUUGAGGCCUUUGUGUAACAUGUUGCAUAGAAUCGCAAUUUAAAAGCUGUGUGCAGAAGGUUUGUUUAUAUUAUGCAUAAUGUAAUAUGCAGCAAGUAUAUGGAAGCCUGUUUCUGCCUAAAAAAAUACUAAAUACCUGAAGGGUUUGGCAUGAUGAAAAUGAUAAUAAUCAUGAUAAAUGAACAUGGUGAGAUAUUAUGCCACAUUUUGACUUUUCUGACUCGGUGUACCAUCUUGUUGAGAUGGUAAGAAAGUCAUAGGUUUAGUAUUAUAUACUUACUUAGUAUCUCACAGCUGUGACUUUACUAAGUCAUGCUUAUUUUGACUUAAUACCCAAUAAAAUUGACUUAAGUCAUCA